AAAACUACUGUCAUGUCACGUAAAGUCAAGCGUUGAUUCAAAGCGUGUUAUUUUUCUUUCAGUUUUAUGUAUUACAAAUAAUAUUAAAAAAUGGCAGGCGUGCUAUUUGAGGACAUAUUCAACGUUAAAGAUAUAGACCCUGAAGGAAAGAAAUUCGACAGAUGUAGCCGGUUACACUGCGAAUCGGAGUCGUUCAAAAUGGACCUUAUUUUAGAUAUAAAUUCAUGGAUUUAUCCGAUGGAACUGGGCGAUAAAUUCCGAUUAGUCCUCGCUACGACUCUUAGAGAGAACGGGUAUCCUGAUGGUGGAGAAUGGAACCCUCUAGAAACGGAGGGAAACCGCGCCGAUAGUUUUGAAUAUGUCAUGUCGGGCAAAGUUUACAGGAUAGAAGGUGAUGAAGCGGCCAUGGAGCCAGCAUCCCGUCUAGCAGCUUACGUCUCCUUCGGAGGCCUGCUUAUGCGUCUCCAGGGUGACGCCAACAACCUCCACGGCUUCGAAGUGGAUCAGCACAUGUAUCUGUUAAUGAAGAAGCUAGCUUUUUAGUUUUAUGUAUAUUUAGGUUACUUUAAGAUUAUUUUGUAAGAUUAAAUUGUAUAUUUUAUAAGA